UAUUACAAAUAAGGAUCAUAUUGUUGUGAGAGAUGGUCCUGCCCCCCAGGUAUCCCUAUGGAGGAUUGGAGGGCCUUCGUGGAUUAAUGUACCACCGAGGAAUUCAAGAGGGUAAGCAUAAGGAAUAAAGUCAAUCGGGCUAAGCUAAAAGGACCUGCGUGUCUUGGGAGGCACAGCAUGGCUGUUACUCGCUAUAAGAUGGCGAUGGAGAAGAAUCUUACCUCUGAUGUCAAGAUAGGUAGAUGUGAAGUCUUCUUAAGAGCCCAUACAAGAAAGGACAAAGUUGUCCAGUAUCCUGACCUUGUUGAAAAACUAGAUGAGCUCUAUAGUAGCAAUCCUGCUUCUAGGAUGACCGACAUGGAUGAUGCCCUUACAGAGUUGGUUGGUUCUGAUAAUAGAGGGCGAAUGCAGGGUCUAGGUUGCUCAAUAAGCAAGGUAGGACUGAAGAAGUCAACCCCUGCUCGUUCGAAGGUAGAGAAUGUGACAAAAGAAAAAGAGAGCGUAACUCAAGAGUUAUCUCAGGUGAAGAAAAAAUUGGAUGGUAUGACUCAAGAUAUAGUUGAGAUGAAGAAAAUAUUGGUGGAUAUGCAGAAAGAGAGAUAGUAUACUCAAAAUCUCUCAUCACCAACCGUCGCUAAAUCUACUCAGGCAUCGUCAGUAUGCAAGUAUAAAUUUUUUACUGUAUUGAGCUUACAAUUAUAUUAUAAACGCUAACAAUACCAAUGCCAUUUUAUGUGUAAAUGUAGCUGGAUAUUAU